CUGCAGUCACCGCCCACCAGCACAGAGGACAGGCUAAAGGAGACUGGGAGAGGAGCAGAGGCGAGGGAGAGGACGGGAGGGGAAGGAGUAACACCGAGAGCUCAUACUUAAUGCUGUCUGCUUGCAAAAGCACAUUGAGACGGUGAGACGGAUGAAGAGGGAGACCUCGAGGUGUUUUACAGACGCGCUUCAUGACUGAACUGGGCUCUGGCUUUGCUGAAACCAACAGAAACUGUGGAUUAUAGAAGGCAACUUGACAACUUUGUGUAACAGCGCCAGACCGCACAUAAAGUCCUGUGGAGAGAAUAUUCAGCAAAAAGAGCAAUGCUGUGACAGAGAGGCAUGGCAAUGGACUCCUGGGAACCCGAUUGGCAGAGACCAAAUCACUCUACUUCAGCGGCAGAAGGAAAAACCAACCUCACUUCUUCGUUAUUCCCACCAUCCACAAACCUAAGCAACGCUUAUGGAGGAGGAUCGUUUCUUUGGAUUUUCCAUGAAAAUGCCACCACUGGCCCACCCCCACACAAUACUCCCCCAGCAAGGGUGCGUGAUGUUGCCCUAGCCCAUGCAGAGAUUGCGGUUCUAAGCCUAAUUCUGGCACUCACAACCCUGGGGAAUGGGUUUGUCCUUUGGGUCCUGCUGAGACGGAGGAAGCAUCGUGCCCCCAUGCACCUCUUCAUGGUAAACCUGUGCGUGGCAGACUUGGUGGUAGCCUUCUUCCAGGUAUUGCCCCAGCUGAUUUGGGACAUAACAGAGCGCUUCCAGGGUCCUGAUGCUGUGUGUCGUUCUGUGAAGUACCUGCAAAUCGUGGGCAUGUUUGCUUCCUCUUAUAUCAUCGUUGCCAUGACUGUAGAUCGACACUAUGCUAUCUGUUGCCCCAUGCAGGCCUACCGUGAUGGGGCAACAUCAAGUUGGAACACCCCAGUCAUGGUGGCCUGGGGGCUGUCACUGCUGUUCAGCCUUCCCCAGGUGUUCAUCUUCUCCAUGUCAGAGGUGGCCCCAGGAAUGUUUGAGUGCUGGGGGCACUUCAUUGAGCCCUGGGGGCACAAGGCUUAUGUCAUCUGGAUGACUGUGGCAGUUUUCGUGAUGCCAGCCAUCAUUAUCACCGUCUGUCAGGUGCGGAUAUUCAAAGAGAUCCAUGACAACAUCUAUCUGAAGUCAGAGAGAGUGGUGACUGCGGAGUACAAGAAGAGCUCCAUGUUCUUACGCUUCCGGAGCUCGAGGGACAGCCAGAGGCAGGUGGAUAGGGAACUGAUGAGGAGAGGUGGAAGAGGUGGUGGGAGAGGUGGGAACAAACACCCACAGCAAAACAACAGCAAUCCUUCAUGCUCUCGCAGCAAAUUCGACAACCUCUGUGACCAUGCUCCACAACCAGAGGCCCUGAGUUCUUCUGAAAAAACAUCUGAUGAGCCUUCCUUCGGUAACCUUCCACGUGGUCAUCUGAGCCACUCCACCUCAGGUCAUGAUCCUCAUCCUUCACAAUGUCCUCUUGAAGCCGUUGCCCCAAAUGACGACCAGACCACCCAAAGCCUGCUUUCGUGCCCGGGCUCCUCUGAGGCUCUCGGGUCCGCUCCUUUAGUUGCAGCUUGUAACCUAACCCGUAAUACCUCUACUGAAAACUGCAGCCCAAAUGAUACCCACUCAGACCCCAAGAACUCCAAUGAGCUCAACAACGCUUCCUGCAUUGCGCCGUUGGAAUACUCUCCCGUACGCUCACCUCUCUCUUUGCCUCCUCCCGGUAUAUCAAAAGCCAUGUCCAAGACGGUGCGGAUGACCCUGGUCAUUGUGCUAGUGUACACCAUCUGCUGGUCCCCCUUCUUUAUUGUACAGCUGUGGGCCGCCUGGGACCCCAACCCACCUGACCAAGGUGCUGCCUUCACCAUCCUGAUGCUGCUGGCCAGCCUCAACUCCUGCACCAACCCAUGGAUCUACACAGCCUUUUCCAGCAGCGUGUCCAACGAGCUGCGGGCCCUUCUCCGCUGUCGACCCCAAACCUCCCGUCGUUCGUCUCUGCCUGAUGACUCCACCACCACACACACGUCCACCACGGCCAUGGACUGAAAGGGUACAACCUGCCAUGGGCUGUCUACUGGUUCACUGUCCAUGGACAGAAGGUGUGAGGAAAAGCUUGUGGAACAGUGGUGGUGAAUGUUGUAUGGUAGAACGGGAGAUUUACAGAUUUUGUCAUCGCUGCUACCUUUGCACUCAGAGGUUGCAGGUUCAAAUCCCACCUCCUGUUGUAGUAUCCAUGAGCAAGGUACUUACCCUAAAUUGCUCCAAUGAAAAAAAAUUACCCAGCUCUAUAUUUGGGUGAUUUAUUGUAAGAAAGCAUUAGAUAACUGUGAAAAAUAAACAAACCAAAUAAUGUAUCUGUUAUAACCUUUUUAAAUAAUGUUACAAAAAAACUUAGCGGAGUGAAAGAAAAAUUUCACUACUGAUGUAUUAAAAUUCUUACGCUAUAAGUGUAACAUUUUUAAAGCUUUGACAGCUCAGCUAAGCGGUCAAAUCAAACAGACAGAUGAAACACAAGCAAAUAAACCAGACUGUAAUGUAAUGCAAUGUAAUUUCACAAGCGUUCAUUCAGACAAACUGUAUUCCUGCCUUCUGAAGUGUAAUGAAACAACACACAUGCACUCACAGGCCUUCUCUUAAAAUACCAAUACAUUUUAAAAUAUAUUAAACUGUAUUAGGUAUAAAAAUUACAUUUUGAUACCUACAACAGUUGGCCAUCCAGCUGAUUCAUUUUCAUCUCAUUUUCAUUUAAUUUUGUCUUUUUCCUCUUUUAUUUUCCUUAAUCUCAGAUCACCUUUAAUUUGUUCUUUCUCAUUGGGGUUUAGAAAACACAGCAAAAAUUCUCCGAAAGCGUUACAGCUGUUCACUGCUCAAGUAAUUCAUACAUUUUAAGAUGGUUUAUAGUAGAGUUCUUAAAAUGUUACAAGAUACUACUCUCACGGUAGGGUUCAUAAUCCUUUGCACCAGUUUAUAAGACUUAUUUCACUAAUAUUUUUAUUUGAUUAUUAAGAUGAAUGAAUGAAUGCAGGUAAUAAAUAGAAGACCUGUUUUGUUCCAAGGUGUUCACUUCAAAUAAAUGUAAAAUAUGUCAAUAAAUUUUUGCUGAAAA